CUUUGGAUAUUAGUUGUUCAACCCGGGAAGUUUUCACGAAUGGACCGACUCGGCGGUUGUUGUGGCAACCGUCUUUUAGCGUGAAUAGCAACAACGUGAACAUCGUAUGUAUGGUCGUUAGUUAAGGAAGCGAAUCGUUAGAUAAAAAAUAGUUUAUCUACGUUUAACUCGCGUUUAACUCCGACCCAUGUUGUUGUGUUCGUUCGGGAUACAGUUAGCUAGAUCUCGCACUGUGGCUAAGAGCUACUGUACAUUAGCCGAACACGGGAAGUGGUGCAGCAGCGAGACUCUACUGCAGGAAACAGUGGGAUGAGAAUAAUCUCUGCUUUGCUAGUUUCAUGUUGUAUUGAGUGUAAACUGAGAAGCUAGUAGCAGUGUUAGCAUGUCGGCUGUUAGCAGUCUCGUCCCUGCACGGUUUCUCACCAUCAUAGCUCAUCUUGUCAUCGUUAUCACCAUCUUCUGGUCAAGGGAAAACAAUGUAAAGGCCUGUUUGCCUUUGGAUUUCACGCAAGAGCAAUAUGACACUGAAGACAGAAACUUGGUGGUGGGACUGGCCGUCACCCUCGGGCUGUUUGCCAUCGAGCUGGCUGGAUUCUUCUCAGGGGUUUCCAUGUUCAACUGCAGCCAAGGUCUCCUGUCAACAGGAGUCCAUGCCAGUGCCUCAGUGGCUCUGCUUUUCUUUCUUUUUGAGCAGUGGGAGUGUGAAAUCUACUGGUGGAUCCUUGCCAUUUGCAGCGUGUUACCUGCGUUUGUGGAGAUUCUUCUGUUUGUAGCUGUUUUUGGUCUGAAGAAGAAGCCACUAUGAAAGACGAUCCAGAUGUGAAGUGCUACGAAAUACAGUCCACAUCUGUCUCAAUGAGUCAAAAGCAAAACCAAGAAAUACCAAUGGAAUAUACAAGCCACUCUAUCUGCAACAUUUGUAUUUUUUGUAUUUUGAAUGAAAUAGAUGCAGAGUGUUUAUUUUUAAAAAUGUUUCAGUCAUUAGGUUAGAAAGGAUUUGUGAGAAAGUCAGUUGUAGCUUUUGUAACUUUGUGGAGAAAUGAAUACUUAUUUGUAAAUAACAAUUAAUCUCUUUGUUUGUCAAAUUUCUGUGUAAAAUCUUAGAAUGCUAUUUUCAUUCCAAAUAUACUUUGUACAAGUUCUUUCUUAAA